UCUCAGAGACCAAUCACCAGGGCCCUCCUGGUCGUACUUAUCUGCGGGUCCAGGAGGUCAGUUGAUGUUUUUGGCUGUGUCUCUUGCCACCAUCCUCCACUGAGAAGCGCAAAAUGACUUCCUACACUGACAAAGGAGAAAAGCCAGAGAGGGGGCGAUUUGUUAAAUUCCAUCAUCUCACCUUCUGGGUUGGAAAUGCUAAGCAGGCAGCUGCAUUCUACUGCGAUAAGAUGGGUUUUGAGCCCUUCGCCUACAAGGGCCUGGAGACGGGCAGCAGGGAGGUGGUGUCCCACGUCAUCCGGCAGGAUAAGAUAUUGUUCGUUUUUCAGUCAGCGCUGAACCCCGGAAAUGAAGAAAUCGGGGAGCACUUGAUCAAGCAUGGGGAUGCUGUCAAGGACAUAGCAUUUCAAGUGGAAGACUGUGACUUUUUAGUGCAGAAAGCUAAAGAACGAGCCGCUGUGAUCGUCAAAGAGCCCUGGGUGGAGCAAGAUGCAUUCGGGAAAGUGAAAUAUGCCAUCGUGCAAACUUACGGUGACACGACACACACGUUAAUUGAGUACCUGGGACCCUACAAAGGACUCUUUCUGCCUGGAUACAAAGAACCCCUCUUCAAGGAUCCUUCGCUACCUAAGCUGCCGCCGGGCAAUCUGAAUUUCAUUGAUCACAUCGUGGGAAACCAGCCAGACAACAAAAUGGAGCCGGUAUCAGACUGGUACCAGAAGUGCCUGCUGUUUCACCGCUUCUGGUCGAUAGACGACACCCAGCUUCACACGCAGUACAGCUCCCUGAGGUCCAUCGUGGUCACCAACUACGAGGAGACCAUCAAGAUGCCCAUUAACGAGCCGGCCCAGGGGAAGAGGAAGUCCCAGAUCCAGGAGUACGUGGAUUACAAUGGUGGAGCUGGAGUGCAGCACAUCGCCCUCAACACCUCAAACAUCAUCCAAGCAAUUAUCAACCUCAAAGCCCGUGGGAUGGACUUCCUGUCGGCUCCUGACAGUUACUACAACUCCCUACGUGAGAAACUUAAGACGGCAAAGAUCAAAGUUAAGGAGGACCUCAACAAACUGCAGGAACUGAAAAUCUUGGUGGAUUUCGAUGACAAGGGCUACCUUCUCCAGAUCUUCAGCAAACCUGUACAAGACCGGCCUACUCUCUUUCUGGAAGUUAUUCAACGACACAACCACUUUGGCUUCGGGGCAGGAAACUUCCAGUCUCUUUUUGAAGCCAUAGAGAAGGACCAGGAAGCCAGGGGCAAUCUCACAGUGUUGACUCCAGACGCCCAACCCAAGACUUUUCACUAGCGCGCCCGGCUAACUCAGGACCCCGACCAGAUCGUACGCCAAUAAAUCCAAUGCAAAUGGUGUGCUCUGGUAUCCUUAGUUCUUCUUCCCAGCU